AUGAAUGCCUAUGUCGAUCAGAAGAUGCUCUCUUACAAGGAACAGAACAUUGAUGUCAGGUGGUUCCAAGAACAAGGCACGGGGCAGCGCAAGGGUACGCCGUUUCCGCCCGUCCAUUUCCGCUCCGCGGACGACCCUGGCUGGUCCCCGUCGGUGCCUGGUUCCAGCCAACACCAGGGCCGGUCGCGAGCUGCCGCGCGGGGGCGCCAGAGAGGGGCCGCCGGGGGCCGCGAGGACCCGGGGGCAAGCGGGUGGCAGCCAACAGCUUUAGGGGUUCAGGGAUCUCCGAUGGUCUUCAAGUCCUCUUUGUUUACGUUUACCCCAGGCUCAGCCCUGGGAAGUCACAGGCCCGCAGGACGUGGCCUCCUUCUUGGCUGUCUUUGGGUCCCGUGGUGCUUUCCCCGGGAAGCCCUGGGCGCAGGGGACACAGGCCCUGCGUCCUUGAGUUCUUCUCCUGACACUGUCCUCACCCCAGUGUGUGGCCGUUCCUUCCUGAAAAUCGUGGGAGGAGUGGAUGCAGAGGAAGGAAAGUGGCCCUGGCAGGUGAGCGUGAGGAUCAACGGCAAGCAUGUCUGCGGAGGCUCCCUUGUCACGUCGAAGUGGGUGGUGACUGCGGCCCACUGCAUUAUAAGCCCUUUCCAUUACAGUGUCAAGAUGGGAGAUCGGAGUAUCUAUAAGGAAAACACAAGUGUGGUGGUCCCUGUUAAAAAAGUCAUUGUCCACCCUCAGUUCGCAACUGUUAGAACCAUUCAAGAUGACGUUGCCAUUCUCCAGCUCCUCUACUCUGUGAAUUUUACUUCGAACAUCCAGCCUAUCUGCAUCCCUCGGGAAACUUUCAAGGUGGAAGAUGGUACCAGGUGCUGGGUGACUGGAUGGGGCAAAACAAAAGAAGGCGCCGGACAUCCUCCAUCAGAAAUUCUUCAGGAGGUGGAAGUACACAUCAUCGGCCAUGAAAAAUGUAAUAAGAUGAUGCAGAGGAUCUUGUCAACUACUAGGACUGUAAUAAAAAAAGGAAUGAUCUGUGGCUAUGGAGGAAAAGGAAAGGAUUCUUGUCAGGGAGAUUCUGGGGGCCCCAUGGCCUGUGAAUAUAACGACACAUGGGUCCAAGUGGGGAUUGUGAGCUGGGGCAUCGGCUGUGGUCGUGAAGGAGUACCUGGAGUUUACACAGAAAUUAGUUUGUACAGCAAGUGGCUGGUUGCAGUGGUGAACCAGGCUACCUCUUUGUAUUCAGUGGUGUUCCUCAUCUUAUUCCUGUGCCUUGUGCAGCCCCUGGGCAUCUUGGUGACUCCAUGAUGGCCCUACUCCCCUCCUGUUUCUGAGUCUCAGACUUAGGCGUCUCCCCCCACCAACCUCCUGCUCCUUCUCCGUGCCCUUUCCUCAAAUCCCGGUUGUGAUCAACUGGCCCUCUGGAGAUCCACACAAGCGAGCAUGGCAGGGAGACUGGGGCCUGGAAAGUGUCCCUGCCUGGUGCUCCGGUCACCUGCCUUGGCCACCCCUACACCUGGGCUAUGUUCUGCCUGGUGGGAAGGAGGGGAUGAACCAAUGCCAGCUAGGGGGCCACGACCUGCCAGGUGGGGCGUGAUGAUUCAUCGCUGUCUUGGAGAACAUCUGCCAAAGAGACACCAUCAACGGUGAAACAAGCAUUAGCACUGGUCCUGGUUUUAGGGCUCUCACCUGAGACUUUGUGAAACCAGUCAGCUUGGUGAUUGCUCAGAGAGAGUGAAGAGGUGUUGCCAGGUCUCUGCAAAGGUGCGAGGCCUCAAAGACAUAUGGCUCAGUCGUCUGGCGUUGGGAGAAGCUCCUCUGUACCCCACUGUGGAUCCAUCUGUGAGUGGAUAGCUUCUGCCACACAAGUGCUCUUGGGGUAACCCAUUCUUGACACCCCCCUUCCUCAGUGUCCUAGUGGUCACAUCCAGGGACACCCCACGUUGUUUUGAGACAGUUUUGGAGUGCAGUUUUCAGAAAUCACCUGAAUAAAAAAUGU